ACACAAUUGUAUCUCAUUCUUGUCGAAAAGCCCACUAAUCAGCGGCCAAUAUAUCAUUUACUUAGUAUCAAUUUAACCCAAUCCUAUAAAUUUCCACCAGAAAAUAAAUUCCGUGCCAAAGUUGCAACCGCCCUACUUUCGACAAACGCUUGAAAUACACCACCGCGCUUCACACAGAGAUACCGCCAGUCAAGUUUCAGAGUUUCACUUACUUACACCAUGGGGAAGGUACCAGGAGUAGGCAUCGACCUAGGCACCACAUACUCCUGCGUGGGCGUGUGGCAGCAUGGCAAAGUCGAGAUCAUCGCCAAUGACCAAGGCAACAGGACCACCCCCAGCUACGUGGCCUUCACCGACACGGAGAGGCUCAUCGGAGACGCCGCCAAAAGCCAGGUGGCGAUGAACCCAAAAAACACCGUUUUUGAUGCCAAACGAUUAAUCGGACGUAAAUUCGACGACUCCAAAAUCCAAGAAGAUUUGAAACAUUGGCCUUUCACUGUUGUCAACGAUGGAGGCAAACCGAAAAUUCAAGUUGAAUAUAAAGGUGAAGUUAAAAAAUUUGCUCCCGAAGAAAUAAGCUCUAUGGUACUUACGAAAAUGAGAGAGAUUGCGGAGACUUACUUAGGAGAUAAAGUAGUGGAUGCCGUUAUCACAGUACCUGCUUAUUUUAACGACUCGCAGAGACAAGCCACCAAAGAUGCUGGUGCUAUAGCUGGACUGAAUGUGCUGAGGAUUAUUAAUGAACCAACAGCAGCUGCCUUAGCUUAUGGUCUUGAUAAAAACCUAAAGGGCGAAAAGAACGUGUUGAUUUUUGAUUUAGGUGGUGGUACUUUUGACGUUUCUAUUUUAUCCAUAGAUGAAGGGUCUCUAUUUGAAGUUAAAUCAACAGCUGGAGAUACUCAUUUAGGAGGUGAAGAUUUCGAUAACCGUUUAGUUAAUCACUUCAUUCAAGAAUUUAAAAGAAAACAUCACAAAGAUUUGAGUAGUAAUACUAGGGCAGUACGUCGCUUGAGGACUGCAUGCGAAAGAGCUAAAAGAACUUUGUCUUCAAGCGCUGAAGCGAGCAUAGAAAUCGAUGCUCUUCAUGAAGGUGUCGAUUUCUAUUCGAAAGUUAGUAGAGCCAGAUUUGAGGAACUUUGCAUGGAUUUCUUCAGAUCUACUCUUCAGCCUGUUGAAAGGGCUCUAGCUGAUGCUAAAAUGGAUAAAGGGGCAAUUCAUGAUAUAGUUUUAGUGGGAGGUUCUAUUCGUAUUCCCAAAAUACAAAAAAUGCUGCAAGAUUUCUUCUGUGGUAAACCUCUCAACCUUUCUAUUAAUCCUGAUGAAGCUGUAGCGUAUGGUGCCGCUGUCCAAGCUGCUAUUUUGACAGGGGAUACUAGUUCACAAAUUCAAGAUGUUUUGCUGGUCGAUGUAGCUCCUUUGUCUCUAGGUAUUGAAACCGCAGGUGGUGUUAUGACAAAGAUUGUUGAGAGAAACUCCAGGAUUCCUUGCAAACAGCAACAGACAUUCACUACCUAUUCAGAUAAUCAGAACGCUGUAACCAUUCAGGUGUUUGAGGGUGAACGUGCAAUGACGAAAGAUAACAACCUGUUGGGAACUUUCAACCUUACCGGAAUUCCUCCCGCGCCACGUGGCGUCCCAAAAAUUGAAGUAACAUUUGAUUUAGACGCAAAUGGUAUUCUCAACGUUUCAGCCAAAGACAUAAGUACUGGUAAAUCUGAAAGAAUAACUAUCACCAACGACAAGGGACGCUUGUCGAAGGCCGAUAUCGAUAGAAUGUUAGCCGAAGCUGAAAAAUACAAAGCAGAAGAUGAAAAACAAAAAGAAAAAAUUACGGCCAGGAAUCAACUUGAAGGUUAUAUUUUUAGCGUUAAACAGGCUACAGAAGACGCACCUGCUGAUAAACUCACCGAGGACGAUAAAAAGCUGGUUGGAGAAAAAUGUUCGGCAGCUUUAUCUUGGUUAGAUUCAAAUCAGUUAGCUGAAAAAGAUGAAUUUGAGGAUAAAUUUAAAGAGUUGCAAAAGGACUGUUCUCCAAUUAUGAUGAAACUGCAUCAAGGUGCACAAGCAUCAGGUGCACAGCCAGGUCCAGGAGGGAAAGGACCUACUGUUGAAGAAGUUGAUUAAUUUUAUAGAAAUUUUCAACAUGAAUAUAACCUUGUUUAGUAGGUUUUACAAUUUGGUUACUGACUGUAAGAUGUAAUGAAAUGUUUGUCUUUAUGUUUAUUUUAGUAUUAGUAUAACAUUGAAAAAAUUAAAGCUAUGGUGGUAUUGCAUUUACAGCACAUAACUUUGUGUUACUCUUUAUUGUAUUGUAUUACUGUUUACUGUUUUCACUAAAUGGAUUAUUUUAGUAAAGCUUAUACAUAAUUAAACAUGUAAAUAGAAGAAUGAUUUUUCA